AAUAAGUUGUUUAUGGUCGCAACCGAUUUCUGAAAUGGCUGGGAAAAAGCGAGAAAAGAAGAAGAAAGAGAAGUCCAAAGGCCUGCCAAAUAUAGGUGCCGCACUCCUGCCUACUUCACUCUUUACAGCUGUACCUCGCAUUCCUCCACCACCUAAAGAUGACCCUCCCCAAGUGUCAGGCCUUGCAACUACCCUGCUCAACUCAAGCAUGCUGGGUAGGAUGUUUGCAACACCGACUCAGGAGGCACUUGUCAGUGAUGCAGAUACAAGCCUCCCAGAUUACAGUGGCGCUGAACCAGGGUACUCUACAUUGGAUAACACUGGAAGAACAGGAGAUAGAGGUCCACCGCCAUUGCCUCCUGAUGAAGAUGAAGACAGUGAUGAAUAUUAUGACAGCGACUAUGACGCCCCACCUUUACCAGAGCCACCUAUUGUUCGGGAAGAAAUUCAAAAGGCUGAGACAGCGCCAUCUUUAGAUGCCAUUUAUUCACAACCUGUGAAGAGAAAAGAUAGAAGGUCAACUCCAAGUCAGUCUUUGGGAUAUGACAGUUCCCCUGGCCCAGAAAGACCACUAAUGCAGUCAACCCCUAAUGUAAUGCAAUCUUCAACCAGUAACGAUCCCUUUGCUCAACCACUUUAUGAUGAAGUCUCAAACCAAAGAGACACAAUGAGAGAAUCUACAGUGACACCAAGACUAUUAGAGCUCCAACAACAGAAUGAUGAGCUUCUUCAACAACAGGAAGAAAUGCAAAAGCAGAUAGAGGAGCACCACAGAAAGCAGAAAAAACUACAGAAGAAACUGGAAGAAAAGGAACAGACUUCCCCCAAACAACCAGCUACAGACCUGCAAAGACUUGUCCAAGAAGAAAAAGAUGUAACGGAAAAGACAUUACAGAGACAGGAAGAUCUGAUACGCACACUACAGGAUCGCAGUAAUAUGAUGGAACAGCAGAAUAUGGAAAUACAAAAUAUAAAUGAUGAACUCCAACAUGAGAUUGAAACACUCAGGAGAAAGAUAUUAAGAGAUAAUGCCACUUCAAAUAAUGGAGAGAAAGAUCAAUACCGUGAUCUCCGAGAUGAAAUCACAACAUUAAAAAGUGCCACACGUAGACUCAACACAGAACUGAGUCGAUAUCAGUCCCACUACAGGAAACUGCCAGAUGGUAUGGACACGGGAGGUCUCCCAGAUAAGGGACCGAUUCCUUCAUGGCAGGUUAACACAAGGUACCUUGCCCCUCUCUUCCUGGCCUAUGACGAUCGAAUUCUCGAAAAGGACAACAUAAUAGAUAAAUAUGAGGAGGAACUAGACAACUUUGGCCAUAGAGUUGAGGAUGUUAUCAAAGAGAACCAAAGACUUCAUAUUAGACUUGAACAAACUGAAGCAAGUGGACCUCUCUCUAUGACUGAAUGGAGACAGUUUCAGGCUCAGUGUAACUUGGUAAUGGAGGAGAAUCAAUUGCUAAUGGAGCAACUUGAAGUUCAGAGACAGAAGGAGAAAGACUUCCAGAUGGCACACCACAAGGAAGUCGGAAGAUUGGCAGCCACACUUACUGAGAAAAAGACAGAAUUACAAACUUUGGAAGAUAGAGUAUUUACGUUGCAACAGAAAAUCACAUCAGCACGAUCUCAAAAUGAGGCUAUUUUAAUUGAAGCCGAAAAUAAGAUUUUUGCUCAAGAACACGUCACAGCCCUUACAAAUAUGAAAAGGACAUUAGAUGCCGAGAAAGAAAAGGUUGUACAAGAACUUGAAAAUCUCCGCUCAAAAACACAAUCUUUACAGACGGAAAAUAAAAACCUAAGUGUUCAAGUCAGUGAUGUGAUGGCAGAAAACAAACAAUUAAAUGUGGAGGUUCAAUCCCAGAGGAAAACAAUCAGGAAAUUGGAGCGCAAAAUAGUUCUCCUGCAGGGAAAGUUAGAGUCUACUAUGUACAAAGAACAAGAUGCUCACGAAUACCUCAACAGCGUAGUCAAAAUGGCUGAGCAAACAGUGGUUGAGAGAGACACGUAUGCUAAAAUGGCACACACCCAGGAGAAAGAACGCCAGAAUGCACUCGACCGUGUGAUGAGAGGGAGUAUUGAGGUUGGCCAUUUGGAGGAAAAAAUGAAGCAUUAUAAAUCUAAGGCAUAUGAUAAAGUGCUCAAUGCUGCAAAUAGGUUAAAGGACCAAGACUCUUUGUUUGACAAAGUACGGAGAGAGUACGAGCGAGAAAUCAAACAUCUUAAAUUAUUGGUACAAGAAAAGGAUGACGUCAUCAACAAUUUGAGCCAAGAGAAAAGAGCUGUGGAGAAUGGACUUGAGCAAGUUUGGCAGGCUUCAUCUGCUGAUAAUAGGCGAAUGAGGGACACACUUACCCACACACUGGGGAGUCUAAGUGCCAGACAAACCAAGGGUUUCCAUAGGUCACUCUCUCAGGAUAAACUCUUACAUUUGUCAUCUGAUAGUGAGAGGUGACACCUGGGUAAUUACCUCUUCUAUUGUGGUACAAGAAAGGAAAUGAUAAUUCCUCUGUUUUGAGCUCAUGAGACCAUGAUAAUCAUAUCUGCUUGGAACAGCUGAGAGACUUACCUCCUCCGUUGUGUUACUAAAGAUGCCAGUGUACAUGUAGUUUCCUCCUCCGUUUUAUUAAACAAAGUUAUUAUGUAUGCUCGGUUUGGCUAAAGAGGAAGAAAUUGUCCAAAAUUCAAAGAUGAAGAUAUCUUAUGUAUGAGGGGAACUUUUAGUCUUACACUGGGGAUAAAGUCACUUAUGAAUUCUGGGUUGUUCUCUCCUUUUGAUAAGCUGAGAAACAUAUGUCAGCUGUAGAUAUAAUAUUUUUUCUGAACAAAAACAGAGGAGUUAGAAAAAUUUAAUUCAAUUCUGCAUAAUUGCUGAUUGAAUAGCCGUGCUUCGGAUUAAAAAUCCAUAUAGAAAUCCACUAGAAUAAUCACAGUUGGAGAUAAUCCACGAUUCAUUCUCACCGAACCUGGUGAAAUUGCCAAAUAUGAACCAAAUCUUAUUUACGAAAAUUAUGAACAGUUAUUUGUUUUCUUCAAUUUCAUUUUAUGA